AUGUUGGCUUCUGAGCCUUCGAUGUCUUCACCCCUGGGCAUUUGUGCAGCUCUUUGUGCAGAGGAGAUGGAGACCUCGAAGUCUCGAAGGUUGAGCCUCGAGCUGCGAGUUGUUGCUGACCCCUUAGCCUUGGCUCAACGAGCUCGUUUCGCGAUCUACCCCCCAUGGCAGCUGGGGCCCGAUAUCCGAUUUUCUUGGCGCCUGGAAGCCAGGCCCAAGGCACCCAAGGCAUACUGCGACAGUGCUCCGGUCAAGGUCACUGGCAGGCCACGGCGUCCACGCAGCAUGCCGGGGAUUGGAGGUGUGAGCGGCGGCUUCGGAGGGGGCUCUACCAGCUUGGAUCUGGACGGUGGGUACGUUGAGCUGGAUGACUGUUCCGUGCAGGUGGCCAGCCCAGAGCCGUUUCGGCUGCUGUCCAACUGCCUCGAUGUCGAGGCAGAGGCACCGGAUGGAUUGCUGCUACCACUACGUCGACAUCAAUUGCAGUCACUAGCAUGGAUGCAGGCCUGUGAAGCUGAACGGGAGCCCUUGCUUUUGGGCGCCAGCCGAGAGUUUUUGCCAGCCUUGCAACCGCCGCAUGCGGCACAGCAAGUGCUAGUUGAGGCGGUGAACUGUCGUGCCGUGGCUCGAGUGCAGCGAGCCUUUCGGCCCAAAGGCGGCCUUCUCGCUGACCACGUGGGAUCGGGAAAGACAGCUGUAACCUUGGCUUUGGUGGCCUCUGACCGAGGCUCAUGCCGCAGCAGUAAAGCGGCACAUCUUCCACGAGGGAAGCCACGAAGCCUGGUCCUGAUGCCUGGGCGGCUGUUGCAGCAAUGGCAACAGGAGGUGGCGAAAUUCCUGGCCCCAGAUUUGUUGGAGGUGAUGCUAUGGGAUGGACGAGAGAUGCCCGAGCCAGGCGAGAAGGUUUCGCUGCUCUUGGCACCCAUUGAGCUCUUGAGUUUCAAGCGCCGGAAACGUGGCGAAGAGAUGGAUGCAGCAGUCAGUGCAGCAGACAUGCUGAGUAGUUUAAGCCUUUCACGCAUUGUGGUGGAUGAGUUCCAUGAACAUUUGCACGUGGCCCUUCAAUUGCAACAGCUGAAAGACCUGACCGAGACUUCGUUUUGGGGCUUGACCGGGACGCCCUGCUUGGACGGCUUUCUUCCCGUCGCGGAGCUGCUCCGGGCCUGCAGCGCGGUGGAUUUGAUGCCCUUCCGCCGGCAGCUGGAUGCCCACGCCCUGGCUCAACGUGCUUUGGAAUACAUGGUUCGCGCCAACGGCAACUUGGACGGCUUAGAGGUCCAUGAAGAGUUGGUAUCACUUUACCAGACCCCUGCAGAGCGUGCCAUCUACGUCCACUUGGCCAACCGCCACCGCCCCCGCCCCAGCUCCGGUGACUCGGACUCGCGACCCGAGGAAAAUGAUGAGAAAGAGGGUACGCUUGGGUCUGAACUACUUCAACUAUGCUCUCACUUCCGCUUGGACGGCCCCUCCGACUGCGAUGCGGAGACCGAAAGCGCGGCCCUGCUGCGGCGCCGCAAGGAUGCGUGCGAGACAUCGCGAGCCUGGCUACUGUUGGCGGCCCAAAAGAUGGAGAUGCACAUCCUACAGGCGCAACAGGCCGAGAUGUUACCCACCUUGGUGGCGGAGCAGUAUGCGCAAUUGCUUGCUGAAGUGGAUGGCGGCGUGCGAGCCGUGAGCUGCGAGCGGACGGUCUCGCAGGUGGAAGGCGCCAAAGCGGCGCGCUCCGCCGCCAGCAAAGGCCGCCGGAGGCACGAGCGCGAGGCCGAUGCCUUGAUCCUCCAGGCGAUCUUGGAGGUUCGAUCGGAGCCGCCAGCGUCUGCGGAGUCUGCGGAGGUGGUGGAGGUGGCUGCUGGCUUGGAGCUGCUGGAAGAAGUGAAACAGGCCAAAGAAGCCUUCAGACAAAGGAGCUACGAGCAUGCCUUCCUCUCAGCGAUGUUGGAUGCUGCUGAAGCUCAAAACUUUCAAUGCCCUGUGUGUCUCAAUGAGCCACCACCUACAGAGCGUGCCAUCCUUGCCGCUUGCGCGCACCUUUUUUGCUUGCACUGUGCUGGCAAGUUGAGGAGUGUAGGCGAAUGCGCGCUUUGUCGUCAAUCUCUUCGGAGAGAUGAUGAGAUUCUGCGAGUGCGUGAGCCUGGGGCGGUUCGUGAGGAGCGUGUGGAGCGGCAGCGCUGGGGCCGCUUCGGCUCGAAGAUCUUCCAUGUGGUACGGAAGCUCCGUGCCAUCGACGAGGAGGACCCAACGGCACGUGCCAUCGUCUUUGUGCAAUGGAAGACUUUGCGGCGGAAGGUGGCCGAGGCAUUGACGGAGUUCAAGGCGGUCUAA